UGGGAUUCGAGUCUGAGGCGCUUUCAGAGACUGCAGGGGAAGGCGAAUCUGAGCGAUUGGCUGAGCGUGUGAGUGAGAUGGAGACGGAAUAUGCUGAAUUAGUUGGUGAAGGCGUAGUUGAUGAGAGGGAAGCGGAGGCGGCAGCGGAGGCGGAAGUGGCAGCGGCAGCAGCAUCGUCAGCGGAAGUGGAAGUGGAAGUGGAAGCUGAGUCGGCUGUGCAAGUGUCAGGUGAAUCAUUGGGGCAAGUUGAAUGGGAAGCAGAAAGUGAAGCGGCAGCACAGGUUGAGUGGGAAGGUGUGUCUGUCAUCGCGCCAGUGGGAUUCGAGUCUGAGGCGCUUUCAGAGACUGCAGGGGAAGGCGAAUCUGAGCGAUUGGCUGAGCGUGUGAGUGAGAUGGAGACGGAAUAUGCUGAAUUAGUUGGUGAAGGCGUAGUUGAUGAGAGGGAAGCGGAGGCGGCAGCGGAGGCGGAAGUGGCAGCGGAGGCGGAAGUGGCAGCGGCAGCAGCAUCGUCAGCGGAAGUGGAAGUGGAAGUGGAAGCUGAGUCGGCUGUGCAAGUGUCAGGUGAAUCAUUGGGGCAAGUUGAAUGGGAAGCAGAAAGUGAAGCGGCAGCACAGGUUGAGUGGGAAGGUGUGUCUGUCAUCGCGCCAGUGGGAUUCGAGUCUGAGGCGCUUUCAGAGACUGCAGGGGAAGGCGAAUCUGAGCGAUUGGCUGAGCGU